AUGUCACACACACACACGACACAGUGUAAAGUCGACCAUUACUUCAAACUGGAAAAGAAGUACAUGGACUUGAAGAGGCUAGUGAUGGAAAGGACGGAAGAGUUGAAGAGGAGGGACAAAAUAAUAGCGAUGCUAGAAAACGAAAUAGACGAGCGAGACGCGACGAUACGUUACCUGAAGAAUGAGAUCGACAAAUUUCGUCAAGUCGUCAAACCGUUGACUAGGCAAAUGAUUGACAUGCAGAGGAAUGGCGUUGAGGUGGAGGAAGAAUGUGUGGUGAUUAGACCGCCUGGUGUUGAGAAUACUAGAGUACUGCCUCUUAUUGAACCCAGGUUGAAGAGAACUGCUAUAUCUGCUGAGCCUCUGUCGUCAUUGACGCAAGAGUAUGAAAUGAAGUUGGUUAAGAUAUCGAAAAGUAUGAAGUCGCGGGAGCUGAUCAAGAGUGCAAUCUUAGACAACGAUUUCAUGAAGAAUUUGGAAAUGACACAAAUACGAGAAAUCGUGGACUGCAUGUAUCCAGUUGAAUAUGCCGCUGGGAGUGUGAUUAUUAAAGAGGGAGAUGUCGGUAGCAUCGUUUAUGUCAUGGAAGGUAAGAAUUUUCAUUUGUCGACAGCGUCAUCUGUUAUCGAAUAG